AUGAGGAUCUGGGCUUGGGCGGCUGGUAUUUUCAAGCUGCAACCUAAUGAAGAUAUGUUGGAUUCGUACAAGGCUACUAAGGGUUGUAGCAGAAUGAUUAAGGACUUAUGGCUUGUUGCAAAUCUUGCAAUUGUCACGGAAUUAUGGAAGUUACGCAAUAAGUCUUAUUUUGAAGAUAUGGCAGUUCAGUGGCUUUGUUUUAAAGGGAGAGUUUAUCAGGUAAUUCGUGAUAACUCAAUUAGAAUGAAGGGUCAUAUGUAUAAUAAUUUAGAGGAUCUGCGCAUUUUGAGCUAUUUCAAGGUGCGACAUAGAUCUUGCAAAACAUCUACUCCAAUUGAAGUUAGUUGGACUCCUCCUAAUCAAGAUGAAAUCAUGAUCUGUUGUGAUGGUGCGUCUUUCGAAAAUCCAGGCCAAGCAGGUUCUGGUGUUGUUUUUCGUGAUGCAAACUCAGAAGUGCUUGGUGUUCUUUGUGUUGGUCUUGGUUGGCAAACCAAUUACUAUGCUGAAGUUUAUGCAAUUAUUUAUGGUGCGAUGUUGGCCAAGAGAUGGAAUAUGCGGAGUAUCUGCGUUCGUUCUGAUUCGAUGAGUUGUAUUCAAGCUUUUCAAAAGGGUGAUCUGCCGUGGCAGCUGGUGCAGAAGUGGAAACUUGCGAAGUCUUUUUACAACAAUAUUCGUUAUAUUCAUAGCUAUAGAGAAGUUAAUUUUUCAGCUGAUGUCUCAGCCAAGCAAGCAUGUUUGCUGGCUGAGGAUUUAUUUGAGUUUUAUGAGGGUGGGACAAGCUUUAUUCCGUCUGUGGAAUAG